AUGGAGCUGUCGGAGGUCCGGUGCUCCAGCGCGAGCGAGGAGCUGUACACCAUCAACAAGACCCCGAGCGGCAGCGACAGCGGCGGCGGCGACAGCGGCGGCAGCGCGCGACCCAAGCGGCUGCUGUGGCAGAACGCGGUGCGGCACAUCACCGAGCAGCGGUUCAUCCACGAGCAGGGCGGCGGAGGGGGGGCGAAGGGCACCGGGCCGGACGAGCCCUACGACCCGAGCCCGGACGCGAGGAAGCAGUCUGCGGGGCGCACGUCGGUGGGGGACCGGCACAACAACGGCGGCACCAAGGUGUUCCCGGAGCGGGCCAGCAGCGACCUGGGCUUCCUGCAGAUCGACUGCGCCCCGAGCAACUCGGACUUCUUCCUGAACUGGGGCUACACGUACCGGGGCGUCAUCUUCCCGACGCUGCGGAACGCCUUCAAGUCCCGAGACCUGGAGCGGCUCUACCAGCGCUACUUCCUGGGCCAGAGGCGCAAGUCGGUGGUGGUGAUGAACCUCCUGGACGUGGUGACCAAGCUCACCUUGCUGGUGCUGCACCUCACGCUGGCCUCGUCCCCGAUGGACCCGAUCAAAGGCACGCUGCUGGGCUUCUUCACGGGCGUCGAGGUGGUCAUCUGCGCCUUGGUGGUGGUGCGCAAGGACACCACGUCGCACAGCUACCUGCAGUACAGCGGCGUGGUCACCUGGGUGGCCAUGGCCACGCAGAUCCUGGCCACCGGGCUGGGCUACGGGCUGCUGGGGGACGGCGUGGGCUACGUGCUCUUCACGCUGUUCGCCACCUACAGCAUGCUGCCGCUGCCGCUCACCUGGGCCAUCAUGGCCGGCCUGUUCACCUCGGGGCUCCACAUCCUGGUCCAGAUGCUCAUCUCCCAGCAUGCAACGCUGUCUACCAACCAGGUGGCGGCUCAGGCGGUGCUGUUCAUGUGCAUGAACACCGCCGGGAUCUUCAUCAGCUACCUGUCGGACCGCGCCCAGCGGCAGGCCUUCCUGGAGACGCGGCGCUGCAUCGAGGCCCGGCUGCGGCUGGAGACGGAGAACCAGAGACAGGAGAGGCUGGUGUUAUCAGUCCUGCCACGUUUUGUAGUUUUAGAAAUGAUCAACGACAUGACAAAUGUAGAGGACGAACACCUCCAGCAUCAGUUCCACCGAAUCUACAUCCACCGCUACGAGAAUGUCAGCAUUCUUUUCGCAGACGUGAAAGGCUUCACGAACCUGUCCACCACGCUGUCGGCCCAGGAGCUCGUCCGCAUGCUGAACGAGCUGUUCGCUCGCUUCGACCGCCUGGCGCACGAGAACCACUGCCUCCGGAUCAAGAUCCUGGGGGACUGCUACUACUGCGUGUCCGGCCUCCCGGAGCCGCGGCAGGACCACGCCCACUGCUGCGUGGAGAUGGGCCUCAGCAUGAUCAAGACCAUCAGAUACGUGAGAUCACGAACGAAACACGACAUCGACAUGCGCAUCGGGAUCCACUCGGGCUCCGUGCUGUGCGGCGUGUUGGGACUCAGGAAGUGGCAGUUCGACGUCUGGUCCUGGGACGUGGACAUCGCCAACAAGCUGGAGUCCGGAGGAAUCCCAGGGAGGAUCCACAUCUCCAAAGCGGCUCUGGACUGUUUGAACGGCGCCUACGAGGUGGAGGAGGGCCACGGGAAGGACCGCAACGACUUCCUGCGCCGCCACAACAUCGAGACCUACCUGAUCAAGCAGCCGGAGGAGAGCACGCUCAGCCUGCCGGAGGACAUCAUGAAGGACUCGUCCAGCACGGCCGACCGGCGGGCCAGCAGCACCACCUUCAACGAGGCGUCCUGGAACCCGGAGCUGCCCUUCGACAACAUCGUGGGGAAGCAGAACUACUCCCAGAUGAGGGACGAGGUCUUCAAGUCCAACCUGGUCUGCGCCUUUAUCGUGCUCAUCUUCAUCACCACCAUCCAAAGCCUGCUUCCCUCUGCCAGGAUGGUGACCAUGGCGGUCCAGUUCUCCGUCCUCAUCCUCCUGCACUCGGUUCUGGUCCUGGUGACGACGGCGGAGGACUACAAGUGUCUGCCGCUGGUCCUUCGUAAAGCCUGCUGCUGGAUCAACGAGACGUACGCGGCGAGGAACGUCAUCGUCUUCAUCUCCAUCCUCAUCAACUUCCUGGCGGCCAUGAUCAAUAUACUGUGGUGCGACUUCGACCAGUCGGACUCCUUCGGGAACCAGACCUACAACCAGUCGGCCUCCGUCCCCGACAUCUGCUUCUACCCAGAGUACUUCGUCUUCACGGGGGUCCUGGCCAUGGUGACGUGUGCCGUGUUCCUGCGGCUCAACUCGGUGCUGAAGCUGGCGGUGCUGCUGGCGAUGAUCGCCGUGUACUCCCUGCUGACCGAGGCCUUCUACACCUCGCUGUUCGUCCGCUACGACGCCGUCCACCGCAACACCGAGAACUUCCUGGGCACCAAAGAGACGUCUCUGCUGCUGAUGGCCAUGUUCCUCCUCGCCGUGUUCUACCACGGGCAGCAGCUGGAGUACACGGCGAGGCUGGACUUCCUGUGGCGCGUCCAGGCCAAAGAGGAGAUCAACGAGAUGAAGGAGCUGCGAGAACACAACGAGAACAUGCUGAGGAACAUCCUGCCCAGCCACGUGGCCCGGCACUUCCUGGAGAAGGACCGGGACAACGAGGAGCUGUACUCCCAGUCCUACGACUCCGUGGGCGUGAUGUUCGCGUCCAUCCCGGGCUUCGCCGACUUCUACUCCCAGACGGAGAUGAACAACCAGGGAGUCGAGUGCCUCAGGCUCCUCAACGAAAUCAUCGCCGACUUUGACGAGUUGCUCGGCGAGGAUCGGUUCCAGGACAUCGAAAAGAUCAAGACGAUCGGCAGCACCUACAUGGCCGUCUCCGGUCUGUCCCCCGAAAAGCAGCAAUGUGAAGACAAAUGGGGUCACCUGUGUGCGUUGGCGGAUUUCGCCAUCGCCCUCAACGAGAGCAUCCAGGAGAUCAACAAGCACUCCUUCAACAACUUUGAGCUGAGGAUCGGUAUGGCCCACGGCUCGGUGGUGGCGGGCGUGAUCGGCGCCAAGAAGCCUCAGUACGACAUCUGGGGGAAGACGGUGAACCUGGCCAGCCGGAUGGACAGCACGGGGGUCAGCGGCAAGAUCCAGGUCCCCGAGGACACCUACCUGAUCCUGAAGGAGCGCGGCUUCGCCUUCGAGUACCGCGGCGAGAUCUACGUGAAGGGCAUCAGCGAGCAGGAGGGCAAGAUCCGGACGCACUUCCUGCUGGGCCGCGUGCAGCCCAACCCGCUCAUCAUGCAGCCGCGCAAGAUCACCGGCCAGUACUCGCUGGCCGCUGUGGUGCUCGGCCUGGUGCAGUCGCUCAACAGGCAGAAGCAGAAGCAGAUCCUGAACGAGAACAACAACUCGGGCAUCAUGAAGGGCCACCACCACUAUAACCGGAGGACGUUGUUAGCGCCCGGCAGCUCCGAGGUGGGAGCGGGGCACCACCCCGAGGCCGCCGACAAGGCCGAGCUGUCCUGAAGGGCGGACCGGAGCUUCGGCUCCACGCGGCUUUCUCAGAGGCGGAGAUGCUCGACGGGCAGAAAACGAUUCCAGUGGUUGAGUUAAAAGGGCAGUGGGUGCUGUUGGGUUUUUUUUCUGGACACGGAAAAGAAGGAGGAAGUUCCUUUAGGAGUGCCGGAAGCUUCGGCUGGUUCCAGACCUCCAGAUGGACGCACGUUUGACCAGGUCUGGUUCUGUACCGACUGGCGUCCGUUUCCCCCGUUGGCGUGAAGACAUUCGCUCGUUUGGGUCAAAUGGAAUCCGUUUUGAAGGUUUCAACUAACCCUUUUCAAACCUUAUGACCCUAAAAGUGGAGAUCCACCACAUCAUCCACCACAUCAUCCACCACA